UAUCUAUUGACAGUUGUGUGUAGCCAUAGAGGUUCAAACAUUGUUGAGACAAGUUAUUUUGAUGUGCGAUUUAACUUUUUUAUUUUCCUUUGAACAAUGUCCUAACUGGUAGCCUUAUAAAAUCAAGUCAUGGAUGAAGAUGAACGGCAAAGGAAGUUAGAAGCUGGGCGAGCUAAGAGUUCUUCUAUUUUGCAACAACGCCAGUCACUUGCUAGCUUCAGACAGAAGCGCGCGAAAAGCAACGCGGGGGAGGCGAAAAAGACGCAGAAGAGGAAGGGUCCGACUGACCCGAAGAAUGACAGCCCAGCGCAAGACUGUCACGUAGAACAAACGCCUCCAUCAGCAAGUGCCACAAAAACCAACCACAAGGACGCCUUAAAGCCAGAUGAUUCAGAUGUUGAAGGGGAUGAGUCAAGUAAACAGCCUCCCACUCCAGAGCGCAGCCCAUCUCCUGUGGAAGUUUUGGGAGAGGGAGAGCUAGCUGCCCUGACUGGCAAAGAACAGCUCAAGCAGUUGCAGUUGGCUGUUGAGAAGCGUAAUGAUAUCAUUGCCAAACUCAGCUCCAACCUCCAGGAGGCUCUGGCAAGUAGAGACCUGGUUCAACUGGAGGCCCACUCUCUAGCUGAACAGAUUCGAGCUCUGCAAAAACAACUCCAGCAGACGAGUGUGGAAUUUCAGCGAAUCAAAGUUCAGUCAGGAGCUGAGGUCUCCAGUGUCAGUCAGCAUCAUCAUUCACUUCCUUCACAAGAUCUCAAAAACAACCUAGUUGAGGAACAGACAGAAGAUCCGACACAUGAAAGUUCUGGCUCUUGUGCUGUUCCUGAAGGCUUCAAUCUUGAUGGGGACUCUGAGAUUGACACUAUACUACAUAAGUUAAGGUUUGAGUUGGAAGAAGAAAAAAAGAAGAACCAACGUAUCAAUUCAGAACUAGCAGAGGAGAUAGAGAAAAAACACCACGUGCUUUUGUUACUGGAAAAAGAAAAGCAAGGCAGAGAAGAGGAACCAAGGGAAAAUGAGGCAACGCUACAAAAUCUUCAGACUCAGUUAAGCCAAGUACAAACUCAGUGCCUUGCAGUUCAGCAGCACAAAGAAGAGAAAGCAAAGCUAGACAGAGAGAUAAAUGAGCUGAGACAAAUACUUCAAAAGGAAGAAAAUGGGGAAAGGAGAUCCAGUGAGGAUAUUCCCGGCUCUGCCCUUUACCUGCAGAACAUGGAGGAUGAAAGGCAGAGACAAGAGGAAGAGAUGAAGAAGCUAAAGGAGGAACACAGAAGGGAGAUUGAGCUUGUCCGUCGGAUUUUGGAACAAAGAGAACAAGAACUUCAGCAAAGAGAGGAGGAGGUCAAAGUACUGAAAGAUUCUGCAAAUCAUCCGAGUCACACAAAUGCUAGUAUUGGCUCUGAGAGGACUUCUGUAGAGGAAGCCAAUGUUGAAAGAGGACUUGAUCAGGACGGCAUAAAUGCAUCAAUACAAGGAGAUAUUCUAAUGGAGCGAUAUCUGGCUUCAGCCCCCCUGGCAUACUCUCAAUCUUCAGUAGUUAAUGAAAGUUCUGAACUGUGCAGUCAGCUGGACCUUUCUGCAGACUACAGUUUUGAGCUCAACAGUGAUCCGUUUCAAGAUCAACCACUGCUGUCUAUUUCAAGCCGUCCCUAUGAAGAAAAUGAGCACUGGCAAAACAUCUCAUCCCAACACAGUAUCAAGGAAGCUGGGGAUCAUCAGAACUUCAGUUCUGAUGAUCUGGACUUGAGUCAGAUGUCACAGCAGCAGUUUGAAAAGACAGACUUGGAGAAGGACUUGCUGAACCAGCAGUGUUUGGAGCUGCAAGAGGAACUUGCUCUGAAGGAGCGGGAUUUGGAAGUCUUAAAGGAGGAGGUCCUCCAGAGUGCUGAAGAGCUGGAGGAAGCAAGGAGCAGGUGGGCCCAAGUAACAGAAGAGCUCAGACAUGCUCUCUGGGAGCUUGAAGAAGAGAAACAGAAGAGAAGAGAUAUCGAGGAAGAGAUGAAGACGUAUAAGGAAGACCAUCUUCAGGAAACUGGCACCUUAAUAGAAAGAGAGGAAGAAGACGGUUCAAAAGCUAUGACUGUAGAAGAAGCUGAGAGCUCUACCGAGACUUUCCUGCUCACCUUUGUAGAAGCAGAUGAUAAUACGUUAGUGAAUGAGGUCAAGGAAAAUGAGAACAAAUCUGAACUGGCUUAUAAAAAUGAGCAAGAGGAGCUAUCAAAUCUGCAAAAUAUGACCGCAGGCUCUUCUGAGACCCAGAAGAUUGGAGACAACUUCAACAUCCAAACUUUGCUGGAGCACAGUGACUGCCUGGUGUCAGAACUGGAGAAAACAAAAACCGAAUAUGAAACCACAUCAGCACUGUUGAGUGAAAAGACAAUUGAGCUUGAGACUGUAUUAAAAGAACUUGAAACGACCCGUGUUCAGGUUGUAAAUGUCCAGAAAGAGGUGGAGAAAUUACAGAAAGAACUGCUAAGCAACCACGAUUCCUUGCAGUGGGCUGGAAAAGUCAAAAGUGAGCUGGAAGCUCAAAUCUCAUGUUUGCAACAAAACCUCGCUAGUUUGGAGGAAGCUGAAGCUCAAUCUGUGCAACAGAGGGAGGAGGUCAAGGCAAAAGAGCAGCAGAUGGAGGAACAGAUCAAAAAGAUGGAGCAAGUCUUGGAGGAGGAACUUGAGCAGUUUGAGAACAUAUUAAAAGCAAAGGAUGCCGAGUUGGCUGAUGAGAGAGAGAAAUGGGAGACGGAGAAACAGGAGAAGGAAAAACUCCUUGAUGUGACCGGUCUGCUGAGGGAGCAGCUGAAGGAGAAAGAAAAUGAGGUGAAGGCUCUCCUGGAGAAGCAGGUCCUCGCUGUGCAGGAGGCUACCGAAAAGCUCAACUCCUCUCACCAGCAACAGAUCAAGCUCCUAACUGAGAAACAUCAACAAGAGAUUUUGGAGUUGAACGCUCAUUUAGAGUCGGAGUUAACGAAGCUUCAAGUCAGUAUGGAGGAGGAACAAAAGCGACAAAUUGGUCUAAUCAAACAGGUCACUGAGCGUGAACAUGAAAGAGUGAUAUCAGAGCUCACAGCCAAGAACAAAGAGGAGCUGAAUCAACUAAGGGCUGAAGUGUCCUUGGAGCUGAGGGAAAGCAUGGAAGCUGCUCACCAGGCUGAGCUGCAGCAGAUACAAGUCCAGAAGGCCCUGGAGCUCGAAGCCUUGCGUCUGAGCCUGACCUCACUGCACACAUCUCACAUGGAGCACUGUCAGGAAAACGUGAAGCAGGAUCAAACUGCUGCUCAAACUCUGCAUCAGCUGGAUGUGGACCAUAGCAAACAGAGUCAGGAACAGGAGGGGCGACUUCUGCACCAACAGAAGAUGGAUGGUUUAGAAGAGCAGUGGGACAUCCGUGUUGCUGAGGAAAGGGCAUUCUUGGAGGAAAAGCAUUCCAAAGAUAUGCAGGCUCUCAAGGCUCAGUGGCAGAUGGAGAAAAAGGCUUUCCAGGAGUCGUUCUCUGACAUUCAAAAUACUCUCACAUUAACUCAGGCUGAACUGACCAGCACCAAGAGCUCUCUCACAGAGACCACAGAAGCUUUAUCUGAAGCCAAAGCAACUUUGAGGGAGGUUCAGGCAGAGCUACAACAGGCACAAGCGAGAAUGCAGGAACUCCAAACCUCCAGUAAGGAACAGCUCCAUAAACUACAAGAAGAACUGAAGCAAGUUCUGAAAGAAAGAGAUUCCUUUGAGAACUUGGUUUUGUCUUACAAAACUGAGCUCCAGGAGAAGGAGCAACAUGCCCUCCGCUGUGAAGAAAAAGAGCGGCAACUGAAACAAGAGGUUGUUCUGCUGGAAGAGGAAAAGAUCUUGCUUAAACAAAACUCAGAAGAAGAAAUGGGUCAGUUAUGGACCCAGCUGGAGAGCAUGCGGGCCAGUCGGCGAGAGCUUGGAGAGCUCAAGGAGCAACUGUUGGCUCGCUCCUCUCAUGUUGAUGACAUUGAACGCCUCAAGGUAGAAUUUAAUGAACAAAAGAAGGAAAUCAAGGAGCAGAAUGAAGCUGAGCUGGAAAACCUGAGGAGGUAUUUUGAGAAGCGCUUGCAUGCAUCAGAAGAGAGUUACAAAGAGGAAAUUGCUCUGCUACAGAUGAGACUUGUAGAAAGCGCCUUGGAGGAGUCUGUCAUUUUAACUUCAGAAGAUUGUACUUUAUCUCAGGUUCAAGUUGAAGAGAAAACACAUGUUCCCGAUGUUGCCAAAUUUGAGGAACAAGUGGGAAUACUAAACUCUUUGAAGCUGGAGUUGGAGGAGAAACACUCCCUGGAGCUUUCUAAUAUAACAUCUUCUAUGGCUCUCUCCUUUAAAGAGGAACUGCAGCAGACCCGGUCAGACAUCACUCAUCAUUAUCAUAAAGAGCUGCAGGAACAAAAGACGAUGCACGCCCUGGAACUAGAGCAGCUUAGAGCCAAAGUCUCUGACGUUCAUUUAAAAGACUUACAGGAACAACUUACUAGAGCACAACUGGAGGCAGCCAGGCAAGCUGAGGUGGAAAUAGAGCAAAGGAUGUGGUGUCUAACUGAGGAGCUUCACGCAAAGAUACGAAUCAUCCACGUUUUGGAGAAAAGCCUGGAGAACCUCAGCAAGCAGCAUGAUGAAGAGAUGCAGCAGAAUUCACAAAAGCUCGACCAGCUUGAGAAAGCUCUGAAUCAAGAAAGAGAGAUCCUAAAAGCGCUUCAGCAAAAGACUAAAAGUGAAGUCUCUGCAAUAAACUCAGAGGAGGGCCCACAGUCCCCUAUGAUGAAACCGGAGACUCGGUAUGACAUAGAACUGGAAAAAGCAAAGACCUGCAUGUCUGCAGAAAUCAAAGAGCUCACCAUUCAGCUUCAAAAGCAGAGUGAGGAGAAGCUACACCAAGCCCAGCAGAGGUUUCAGGCAGAAAAAACAGCCCUGGAGCAGCAUCUGGUCCAGAAAUAUGAAUCGUCUUUGGCCGAACUUAAAAACAAGUGCAAAGCAGAGUGGGAGCAGGAAAGAAUGGCACAACUUAACAAUCACUCUCAAGAGAUGGAUGCACUAAAUGCCACACAUACUGCACAACAGAAUUCACUCAAUGCCAGCCACAAAAGCCAGCUUGCAGCUGUAGUGGCGGAGCUUGAAUCUAAGCACCGUGCAGAGCUUGUUGCCUUGGAGGCAACACUCCAUUCCAAACGAAAGGAAGACCUUGAACGCCUGGAGGCCGUUUUUCAGGAGACCAAUCAGGUGCAGUUGGAAGCAUUAGAAGCAGAAUUGUCUCGCAAACAUCAGGAAGAGACAGAUGAGCUAGAAAAGAGGAUGCUGGGUAAUAUGGACACUUUGGAAGCCACCUACUUGAAGGAAGUCCAAGCACUUCGAAAUGAUAUCGUUCAACUCAAGGAGAAGCAUAAACAAGAGCUUAUUGUCAAGGAUGCAGAACACAAAAAUAUUUUGGAGCAACUUGCUAGAGAACAGCUGUCCAUCAGAGAGGAACUGCGGAAAGAGCUGGCUCAGCUUCACAUGGAAAAGUUUAAAGCCAUGGCAGCAGAGCUCAGCUUCGUUCAGAAGAAUGAACUAGCUUCUCAGAAAGAAGCCCUGGAUGCUGAACACUGCAAGGCUUUGGAAGCACUAAAGAAGCAGGUUUUUGAUCUGGAACAGCAGCACAAUACUGCCCUGCAGGAUCUGACAAACACUUACGCUGCGGAAAAAGACCAGCUAACCCAACAGUUCAAACUCCAACUUCAGGAGCUGAGAGGGACAUCUGCGCGGGAACUGCAGGCAGCUCGGCGGGAGCUUGAAGAGGAGUCGUCAAGGCAACGGCAGCAUUACCUGGAAGAGGUGGAGCUUCUCAAAGUCAGAUCAGAAGAGAAGCUGCAGGACAAGAUUAAUCAGCUGAUGACGGAAUUUGAAGACCAGAAGGAGGUGGAGCUUGAAGAGUUAAGGCGGAGCUUCGCAUCUGAUCAACAGGAAAAGGAACAGAGCUACACAAACAAAAUGAGCCAGCUCACUGUUCAGCUGCAGCAACUUGACUCUGUGGUCGCCCAGCUCCGAGCAGAAGUCGGAUGUCUGCAGGGAGAGUUGCAAGGAAAAAGUGCAGAAAUGGAGACGAUGGACACCCUUCUUCAGCGACGGGAGCGAGAAAGUCAGGAAGGAGCCAACCUUCUGAAGAUGCUAACAGAUGAUUUACAGGCAGCCAAAGAGGAAAAAUUCAAACUUCAUCAUACAAAUGAAAAGUUGGCUAAAGUCCUGGUUGAGAUGUUUCGUGGCAUUAGAGCAACAGAAGAACAGAUCGGACAAAAGAUCAAUGUUAGAACUAAAUCAUCUGAGCAGGCGACCCAACAGAGGAGCUCAACAGAGAACAAAGAUGCUCAAGAGUCAGGUAUUUCAGUAGCAGAUUUAACAUCUGAUGACUUGGAGAUGACCCAACUCCUCUGUGAGAGUCUGCUGGUCUCCGACUCUCAGAUCAAUCCUGUAGGAGAAGAAUCAGUUUUGAAUGCUUGCUGCAGAUUACGUCAGGCAGUGGACAUGCUGCUUGACCUUCUCAACCAAGCAAAUACUCAGCUUGAAGAGACUAGAAAUGUCCAUCUUUCUCUGGAGGAGAAGUUUUCCAAAGGUAAAGAAGACUCUGUCCAACUGUUGGAACAGCACAAGCUCCUUUUGGAGCAGCUUGAUGAGGAGGCCAAGAUGAAGAGUCAACUCCAGUUGGAGCUCCACAAGGCCGAGGGGCUUCUGGAAGGAUACGUGGCUGAAAAAGCUGUUCUAGAAGAGUCUCUCCAGCAGAAGGAGAAUCAAGAAGAAAGGCUUGUGGAGGAGCUGGAGGACCUGAAAACACAGCUUCAGCAGAUGCAAGGCUUUGCUGCAGAGGUGCAAAGCCUCAGAUUGAAGCAUCAGGAACUCGUGGAAGAGAAUGCAAUUCUCCUUCGCCAGAAGGAGCAUCUUUCAGCUGGACUUGGGGAACGGGAAAAGGACCAUUGCUUCAUUAUAAAUCCUGACAAAGCUUUGUUGGCAGAGACGGAGCGUUUGACCCAAGAUAGGCUGGAUUUGCAGCGGCAGGCAGAAAAAGACCACAAGACUCUGACAGUGCGCCUCAGAAACGUGGAGAGAGAACUUGAGGAGCAGGAAACCAUGGUCCUGGAAACAGAGAUGCACAACAAGACCCACACCGAAGACCUGAACCAGCGUGUCCAAGCACUUGAGAAACAGCUAAAACACAACAGGCAAUUCAUAGAAGAGCAAGCUGUGGAGCGUGAACACGAGCGAGACGAGUUCCAACAAGAGAUCCACAGGCUUGAGGCUCAACUCAGACAACCUACUAAUGUGGAUCACAGAGGAAGCAGGUUUGACGACUUGGUUCUGCAGUUGGAGACUCUUCAUGCCAUCAUCAAGGACAAAACCGAGGAUUAUGAUAGUCUCAUGGCAGCCAAUCAGCAAGCCCAGCGCGAUCUUACAGAGCGCAAUGAGGAGAUAGACAAGCUAGCGGGGCGCAUCAGAGAGUUGGAACAAGCUCUCCUCAACAGCACUGAGAGUGUUAGAACUUUCCAGCAGCUGGAGCAAGAGCUGCACAAAGCGAAGCAAAGAGAGCAAGAGCUCACACAAGAUAAGCUUAUAUUAGAGCAGCAGCAGCUGUCCAGCAGGCUUCAAAUCUCUGCCCUGCAAUCCAAGCUGGAUGAGACACGACACUGUUACCAUGACAACGCACACGACCCCACCCACGAGCUUAGGGAUGCCUUGGACACGGCUCAGCAGAAACUACACAGCAAAGAACAGGAGGCUGAAAUUUUGCUUGACCAGUUGGAGACUGUGCAGAAAGACCUGACUAUAAAAGAGGUUGAACUGAAGCACCUGACACUGCAGCUGGAGCUACUGACGGAAAGGAACACCGCGCAUGUUCAGGAGCUCCAGGAGCAGAUUUCUUACCUGCAGGAAAAGGCUUCCACCCUCACUAUAAAUGUGGAGGAGGAGGAGGAAUGCAUCCAAAUGGAAGAAACAGAGGAAGAGACUCUUCCCUCAGCUCUUCUGAAUGAAAAAAACCAGGAGAUUGACCACCUGAGCAGUGAGAUCCAAAGACUGGAACAGGACCUGGAGAGUGCAAGAGAUGACAAAAUCAGUGCUCUAGAGGGUGAAGUUGAAGACCUACGCUCUCAAGUUGAGCGUCUUCAGUCUGAAGUUGCAAGAGUCCGCCACGACAAACAGGAGGAAGAGGAGCGCCUUCAUGAAGUCAUCAGUACACUUCAAGCAGAGCUUGCCACAUUAGGCCCCAACCUGCAUGAAGUCAGUGACUCUCAGGAUGGAGACAGCUUCAACCCCUCGCCUGCACCCAGCCCAGAACCUCGCUGUGUUAUCCAAGAACAAGAGAUGGGAGGGAAGCCCAGCAGCUUGAAGCACGAGCUCAACCAGACUCAUUCUGGGUCCUCACAUUCGCUUCGAUCUCGCCUUAAAAGCCUUCAGAGUCAGCUUGAGACUGCUGCAGCGGAGAAGGAGAGUCUGGAGAGAAUUCUUCUUACCCAGGAGGAAGAGUUCAGAGGACAAGGAGAAGAAUUUGGAAAGAGGCUCAAAGCGGAGAGGAAAAAGCUUGAUGAAAUCCAAGAUCUUCUUAAACAGAAAGAAGCUGAACUUGAGGAGGUGAAAGCUCAAGCUGAGGAGGAGAAGGAGGCAAGGAAACUUGCAGAGAAGGAGAGAGACCGUUGGAAAGCCCAAGCUGAAGAUGUAAGCCCCUCACAUGAAAAGAUGGCCCACCUUCAAUCCCUGGUUUUGGAAUUGCAAAAUACCAAACAGGACAGCGGAAAAGAGAUUGAGAUGUUAAAAACCAAAGAGAAGGAAAUGAAAACAGAAAUGGAGGUCCUUCAAGAAGCUGGGCACACUCUUGAGAGGCAAGUUCAGGAGAUGAGGGCAGAGCUGGUGGACAUGGAGAAGCUGGUCGCUGAGGGGCGGUCACAGAUUAAAUCCCUUGAGACUGUAAAAGGAGAGCUCUCUGCUGAGUGUGAGCUGCUUAGAAAGAGAGAAGAUCAGCUGAGGGAGGAAAUUGUAAAGUUGGAUUCUGAAUCGGCUUCAAUGAAAGCUCUUAUCCAGGACCUGACCAUGAAGCUUCAAGAUCAAGAAGCAAGACAAGAAAAGGAUCAAAAGCCAGUCUUGACUCAUGCUGAUGGGACCCGAGCUAAAGCAGAUGCUGCUUUGAGGCAAAAAGAGUUUGAGUUCGAUGGCUUAAAGAAAGAGAAUCAAGCACUCAGAUCAGAGUUAACUGCAGUGAAACAAGGACUGAGUACCAGCUCAGACAAGGCUCACAAACUCCACGAAGAAGGACAGAUUAAAGACAGGGCUCUCUUUGAUCUGGAGACCGACAAUCGGAGACUCAACGCAGAACUCCAGCGUCUUCAGAAAGACCUGACCGUACAGGAAGAAGAAGUAGCCUAUCAGAAGAGAGAACUACAGCUGCUGCGACAACAUUGUCAUGAACAGAACAUAUUUUCUCAUCACCAAGAAUACUCACAGAAAAAUAUUUCUCACGCAGCUUUCAAGGAUACUUUGGCUGCGUCUCGGAAUGAAGCGUUUUUGAGUUCUCCAGAAGUCUUGCGGAGACUCGAAUGCUCUGAGGACAGAAUCCCAGAACGGUUCCACACCUCUGUCCUUGAUUGUCAUCUGUCUGGGCUCAGCGGUCUAAACAGCAGUGGUCUGGAUCCCCAUAAGGUCAAAAUCUCUCCAAGAGUUGUAAUGGAGCCUCUGCAAUCCAGAACCAUCACACCUGAUCAGUCUACACAGAGAACCCACUCCCCCGGCUCUUUGUCAAUAUCUGACAACUUCUCAUUGGUUGACUCAAUUGAUGCUGAACAGGUGCAUGAGUUGGAGGGAAUAGACCAGACAGCACCUCCAUCUCCACUUGGUUCCACCUCAUCCAUGUCUGCACAGGAAUGGGCCAGUGACGGCUACGGCAGCAAUGUGAGUUCAGAACUGGGUGCCAGGCUGAGAGUGGAGCUUGAACAGACCGAAAGACUCGAUGCUCAGUUUGUUGAGUAUCUGCGCUGUAGAGGAAUGAAUCCCACGGUGAACACUGAUAGUGCCGCUGGCAGUAUGAGCUACACUGAGGAUUUGUUGUCACCAGAGCUACAGGGUCUAUUGAAGAAGGUCUAUCACGAAAGCUGUAAAAUUCUCACUUUAAGCCAGCGCCGUGUCAGCGCUUCAAUCAAACCACAGGUUUUGGCCUAUUCGUGCAGUCAAACUCAGUCUAAAGACAACUCGGGUCCUGUCGACUGUGAGAAUGAAUCACAGCUGCCUCAUCCUCCCAUGAGCUGGCAGCAGGAGAAAAGAGCGCUGCAGGAGACUGUGAUUGCUCUCAGAGAGCUGCUCUGUCGAAUGGCACAGAGGCACUCACAAAUGGAUUUUUGUGAAGAUAACUGGCGGACGGCUCAGCUACAAAUUGAUGGAACAGUUGAUGUUCAAAUGAGAACAGAGCUGGAGGAGAAGCAGAAGCAGCUACAAUGUGCCCAUGAUGCUCUGAAGGAGCACAAGAGCAACAUACUUUCUCUCAGGCUUACUAUAGAAGAAAACGAUGAGGCCUUACAAAGAGAAAAGUCCAGAGUCCAGGAGCUCCAGUGUGAACUGGAACAAGAAAAGGCUCUAAAUCUCUGCAAAGAAAAAGAUAAGGAAGAACAGAGAGAAGCUUUGCAAGUGUCUUCUGAGGAGCUGAAGGCAGAGGUGUUGUCUCUAAAGAGUCAGGUGAAACAGGAAAUGGUGACCUGCAGUAACCUCAGGCAAGAACUCCAGAUUGAACAGUCCCGCAGCGCGCUGCUGGAAAAACGCCUAGAAGACACCUUGAAGAUGCUUGAAGAUGGACGCCAGCAUUCUGUCCAACAACAAGAGCUCAACCUGAAGGAGAAAAACCACCUGGGGCAACUCCUGGAUGAAGCAGAGUCACGACUGGCUGACAUGCACUCAAAGCUCGCGGAUUGUCACAGGAAAAUCGAUGACGAGAGAGAACGUUGCUCUCAAGAGAUGAAUCAGCUCUGCAGAAGACACGAAGCUGAUGCAGCCAGAGACAGGAAGUUCAUCUCUGAUUUACGCUCCCAGUUGGAGCAGGAGAGAAGGCAAGGUGAAGGCUUAGCAGACGCUGCAGAGAAACUGAGGACUGAGCUGCUGGAAAGCAGAAGGAAAUGGGAAGAAGAGGAUAAAACUAAGAGAGAAGAGUUUCAGAGGGAGCAGGAAGCUGCUGCAAAGCUCAGGGUUUUGAUUCGGACUUUAAAGGAACAAAAACGUGAAAUCAGUUGGGCUUUAGAGGCUGAGCAGGAGCGACGCAGACAGCAGGAGAAGGAAGUGGCUGAGCUGAAGGAGAGGCUCCAACUGCUGAAAAUCAAGGAGAAGGAGAUGGAGGAGCAGUGGGAGAGGGAAAGGAGAAAGACCAGGCAAGAGCAGAUGGACCGAGAGAGGAGACAAGAGAAGACCAAAAACAAACUGUUGGAGUUGCAGUCACUGAGGCAGCAGGACCAUCAGCGUGUGCAGGAGCUCCAGCAAACUUUGGCACAUCUUGAAAAAGACAAAAAAGAAAUGGCUGCUCAAAGGCUUAUCAUAGAAACUUCAGGGCAGCAACAACAAUCUGCUUCAGCUCAUCUGCACUCUGAAACUGAAGGGACUCAUUCAAGCAUCUCACAAAAACCCCAACAGAUCUCCGCAUCAUCAUCUAACCUGCUGGAGAAGUUACUGAAGGAGAACUCUGAACUGAAUGAGCGCAUAACCUCCCUCAGUCAGGAAAGGUCCACCUACAAACAUAGACUGUCCACCUUGGAGAAACAGCUUCGUCGCACAGAAAGCGAUCUCUCUGCUGCGAACACCGAAAGGGAGAACCGGCCAAUCGGUGACCCGAGCUGCAGCAGGUUGCAGCGUUACUAUGAGCGUUAUCUGCGCGCUGAGAGCUUCAGGAAAGCUCUCGUUUACCAGAAGCGUUACCUGUUACUGUUGUUGGGAGGAUUCCAGGAGUGCGAACAGGCCACUCUGUGUCUAAUUGCUCGCAUGGGAGCGCGACCUUCAACCCCCCUUUCAGCCCCCCGCAGACCCAUUAGACGAUUCAGAGCUGCUGUUCAAGUCAUCAUUGCACUCUCAAGAAUGAAGUUCUUGACCAGGAAAUGGCAAAAGGCGAUCCGAAGGCCAUCAUUGUCUGCAACUGGACAUGCUGGACCUAAAGUGGAUGUCUUAAGGCAGCAACAGCCAAUAUCUAAAUCUGACUUGAUCCAGAACAGAGCAAGUAAUGCCGUCCAAAGAGCCACUGUUUCAGCUCUGGUGCCUCCAAGUAAAUCACCCUUCAGGUUGCACAACAGGUCCCACUCCAGUUCCACCAUGGCCUCAGUGCAUUUGGAUGGAACAUCUCAGGAUCCAGAGCAAUCGCUGACAGAAUACAUCCACCAUCUAGAGAAAGUCCAGCAACGGUUGGUGGGAGCCAAGCAAAGUUCAGCUGUCCUCCAGACCCGGCCAAAGUAGUCUGAUUACUCAGACUGAAGUCUGCCUGCCCUAAUAUUGUUCAAUGUAUCAUGCCUUACUCCUGUGAAAUACCAAAAUAUCACCCUUGUUCAAUUUUGUUCAGAUGUCAUAACUUUAAACAUGUUUUCUAAGGGAUUAUUUUUUAUUAUUAUUUCAUUAUUAAACAGUUUACAUAUUUUUAUUUGUCAUGUCCACAUAAGAUGCUGUAAUAGCAAAUGUUUUCUGUGAUUUUAUUGUUUUUAAACUAAUGUUUAGUACUAUUCUAAUAAGACUGACUGUAUAAAUGUAAACAUGUGUCCCCCCCCCCCCCCAUACUGGAAAACACUCGACAUGUAUUGUUGAAUAAAGAUAAGUUGUGUUUUAGUUAUUAAAGACCUUUUAUUUGAUUUCAAA